UAAACGCAUCGAAGUUUUGGCAACCGAAUAAAAUGAUUGCCUUACUAGCUUUGGUAAUCCUAAUAUCUUUAAUUACUUGGUUAAAUAUAUUCAGGAUUCGAAGGAAAGUUAAUUUACCAGGCCCGUUUCCACUUCCAAUAUUGGGCAGCGGGUAUUUAUUUCUGGGAGAUGCCUCUCAUUUUUUCCGAACUGUCGAAAAGUUGAUUAAAGAAUAUGGUACUAAGGCUUUUUAUGUUCACAUUAUGUACCGGAAAUAUAUUAUAUUGACUGAUCCGAGACAAAUUGAGCCAAUAAUAUCAAAUCCGGAGUACAACAACAAAGGCGCAUCAUAUUAUUACAUGAAACCAUGGCUUGGUGAAGGUCUUCUAACUGCUUCAGGGAACCGCUGGAAAACACAUCGCAAAUUCCUGACCCCCGCGUUCCAUUUUAACAUUUUGCAAAAUUUUCUACCAGUGUUCUGUAAAAACACGAAAAUAUUGACACAAAAGCUGGAAAAACUUGCAGAUGGCAACACUUCCUUUGAUUUGUUCCCGAUUAUUGCUUUGGCUGCGUUAGAUAACGUUACGGAGUCGAUCAUGGGAGUAUGUGUGAAUGCACAAAGAGACAGUGAAUCCGAAUAUGUCAAGGCUAUCGAAGAUGUAUGCAACUUAAUAGCCACAAGGAUGCGCAACCCCAUUUUGGCUGAGGACGCUAUAUUCAACCUGUUACCACACAAGGGUAGGCAGGACAGAGCCCUGAAAAUCCUUCACGGACAAACCCGAAAGGUGAUCGAAACUAGACGUGAGGAACUGAAGAAAAUGAAUGUCACUGAAUUGAAAAAGAAUUUGGAGUUUGGUAUAAAAAACAAGCACGCUUUCCUGGACUUGCUGUUGAUGGCAGAAAUAGACGGGAGUAGAAUUGAUGAUGAGAAAGUAAGAGAGGAAGUGGACACGUUCAUGUUUGAGGGCCACGACACCACAACAUCUGGAAUAGUUUUCUGUAUGUAUUGCAUUUCAAAGCGGAACGAUGUGCAAGAGAAAAUAUUGAGCGAGCAGCGAUCUAUCUUUGGCGACGACAUGGACAGAGACCCCACUUACAAUGAACUGGGUCAAAUGAAAUACUUGGAGUUGGUGAUCAAAGAAUCCCUCAGACUAUACCCUUCGGUCCCGUUCAUUGAGAGAUUUAUCACUCGGGACACAGAUGUCGCUGGUAUACAUUUUCCAAAGAACACGUCUGUGAUAUUCAACUUAUUCCACAUGCAAAGGCGCCCUGAAGUAUAUUCGGACCCAAAGGAAUUCAUACCUGAGAGGUUCCAGAUCCAGAGUGAUACCAAUGAAAAUAAAAAUGCUUUCAGCUGGUUACCCUUUAGUGCUGGACCUCGGAAUUGCAUAGGUCAAAAAUUUGCAAUGAUGGAGAUGAAAGUAGCAUUGUCGGCUAUCGUCAGAAACUUCAAGAUAUUACCGAGUGAUCGAAAACUCAUACUGCUUGCCGACUUAAUACUGAAGUCUCAAAACGGAGUGCACGUCAAAUUAAUGCGCAGGAGUUGA